ACGGUUUUAAAAUGACGUAAAGUCCCUCAAGUAUGGCGACCCCCCAAAGGCCCUUAUCCACCACCUGAUAUUUUUAGUCCACCUUGAUGUGCGAGGUAUUGAAUGUCAGCGCGUUGUCAAAAAGUGCUAUAUGAUCCAUUCCUUUCUAUUCAACAUCUUUCUUCCCUUUCUGCAGCGAUCUUUCUGCUGUAAAAAUAAAUUCACGUUGUUGUUGUUAAUCCCGAUAUUGGGGUAUAACAUUCGAUUUGGAGAUUAAAGAACAAUGUAUUAACAUAGACUUGCAAUCGGUAGUGACAAACUCUUUAUCGCUGUAGUGAAACCCCUUUUUUUGCGAUUUGGCAGCAUAGUUACUAGUUACGAAGCGGCGUCAUUGAAUGAGAUUUUCAGAACCUUUAACAAGCUAUUCAUAGGUUGCAAGAAAAUAGAAAUCCUUGCGUGUAUGGCAGUAAAUUCAUCAUUACCAAAAUAUAGUAAAAUAUAGCGAAUGGCUAUAUGUUUGGUCGAAUGAAAAGGAACCAAUGCGUUCCUGUUACAUGGAAAUCAGACAGCUGUGCUUACUGGGACAGCAGUAAAUUUUUGUCAUCUUCGCCUUCGUUUUUGUGUUGUUGUAAAAGAACAGAUGUUUUCUUUUUACACAAAGAAUAUAUGAACCAGAAGGAAUAGGAGGAAAAUAGCAACAAAAAUGUCGUAUUCCGUAGUAGAAUACUAUGGCGAAAAUUCAAAGUAUCAGUGUGGAUAUUGUAAGCAGUCGAGUUCGUGCUCAUCUUACGGGAUGUGGGCUCAUAAGCUUAGUUGUCAAGACUACCAGGAGCUGAUUGACCGGGGUUGGCGCCGGUCUGGAUGUUACUGUUACAAACCCAUGAUGGACGUAACAUGCUGUCCCUCGUACACAAUAAAAUGUGAUGCGAUUAAUUUUCGGUUGAACAAGUCUCAUAAGAAAAUCAUAAAACGAAUGAACAAGUUUUUGCGAGACGGAAUAAAGGAAACGUCCGAGCAGGAAGCCCAAUCGAACAUCAACGAUAUAGGUACCCAUCUUGGGAGUGCAUGUGAUCAAGAGCAUACAGAAGUACCUAGCAUGCAACCGCACGUACUUGAUCCGGAUGUGUUGAACACGCUUACACAUGUUAACAGCGAAAAGCGAUCAUCCUCUGCUGACGACAAAACGAGCGCAUUACCUAUCCCUACCUUAAGUGGGGUGGUAAAUUCAUCAACGCAUACGAGCGAUUCAAGCAUAAGUAAUCAGCCAAAGAAAGCAAAACUAAGGCGCAUUGAACGCAAGCGUGAAAAAUUGCAGAAAAAAGGACUAUCUGGCGCAGACAUUGAACAGCUGAUGCAAUCCAAUAACCAAAAAAGUGCGGAAAAAUCUUUAGAAGAGUUUCUUUCGGAAUCCCCACAGGAUAAUGACAGUCCAGCGCAUCGCUUAAAGGUAAAACAAGUAAAUGCAAAUGAUGGUGCUACCGCCGCAACAUUCAAACUUUACAGUUUAUACCAACAAAGCAUCCACAAUGAUCCAGCAUCCAAAUUGAGCAUGGAUCGCUUUAAGCGGUUUCUUGUAAAGUCUCCCCUGAAGAUCGUGACGCUUCUUACUUCGGGAGUAAAAUUCCAAGAGAGCUUGCAUGUUUCUUUUAAUCUGUAUAAAAAGUAUCAGACGGCCAUUCACAAUGACCCACCCGGUGCGAUUGAAGACUAUCUGGACUUUUUGGUGAAAUCGCCAUUAAAGAUUGUAUGUGAAUCUGGUUUUAUAAUGCUCUUUUUUUCAAUGAUGAACGCCAUGUGGAUCGUAAUCGAGCAAUAUAUUGAGAGUUAUUUUACCAAAAAGGGUCACAACCACAAGUCAGAUUUUAGGUGCCACAAACAAUCCAUGUGGCUUAAAUAUGACUAGACUAGGAGCAUAUUGCGUUCAGUAGUGACAGUUUAUGCCUUUGGCGACUAUUACGUCACUUUGAAAUAACAAAAAAAAAAAACGAAAAUAACAUG